CAGCCUCGUGGUAGAAGUAGAAGAAGACUGUCCCUGCUGCUGUCCGGUGGGUCGCCUCUCGCUGCGAAGAUUCCUUGGACGCGUCGGGACGCACUCGGCGGCUGGAGCCUAAAUAUGGGUGAUUUCGACAACUCAGUCAGUGCAUCACAACUGAGCACAGAAACAACACAAGGUGAACGCGACGAUGAUUCCUGGCACUCGGUAUUCCUGCUAGCGUGUUGUAUGGUGGCAAUCGGCGUGCUCCUGUCUCUAUUAUUUGUCACGCUCCUGGUUUUUCUCGGUGAUCAAGGUGAUAGCGAUAUGGGAGGCGACACCAAAGCAACGUACGACAAAGUUCCUAGUUCUGGAAAUAGCAGCGGAGGUGGAGAGGUCAUAAGCACUCUGCAACAGCCGGCACCAACUCCUGUGACAUCAGCCGAAGUACAGCAUCCUGUUACUAGGGAGCAGGAGAUUAUACCUACGCCGUACAAAGGGGUGCCAUCAGAGCUACCUACCACACUGAAGAUCACUCCAGCACCACCAACUCCAGCACCACCUACCACGCUUGCACCUUUAGUUGACAAGCCACCGCAACGUAACGCCUACAUCUGCACCGUGGCCAGCGAUGGCGAGAUGGAGACGCCAAGAGACGGGCUCUGCGACUUCACGUUCUACGAAUCGCUGGGAAAGCCCUUCGAGAGACCGGGGGAGGCGUCCAAGGGAAAGUUCGCGACCUUUAAAUCCAUGGCGGCCAAGGGGCAAAAGACGCAGUUCGGCAUCUCCAUAUUCGCAUUGGACAUAGGCGCUUUCUUGAUCCACCUGAGUAAGCAGUCCGCUAAAGCGUGGGCGCAGGAGAACUUGUGGAAUCAUAACAUUCACCACUGGGGAGUUCUCAAUAUUUACGAGACAAUUUUUAAUCAACCAGGCUAUCUCAGAAAUGCCACUUUAUCCUUGAAGAGAGCACUUGAAAUAUCAGACCCAUCUCCUACGAAGCGAGUAGUGUCGUACACCUUUCUUGGCUAUUACGCUAAACAGCCCGCUGGCUGCGAUGAAGCUGCAGAAAUAAUGAA